AUGACUACUGAUACCACUGUUUUCGUUUCUGGCGCAACCGGUUUCAUUGCUCUACACAUUAUGAACGAUCUGUUGAAAGCUGGCUAUACAGUCAUCGGCUCAGGUAGAUCUCAAGAAAAAAAUGAUGGCUUGCUCAAAAAAUUUAAUAACAAUCCCAAACUAUCGAUGGAAAUUGUGGAAGAUAUUGCUGCUCCAAACGCCUUUGAUGAAGUUUUCAAAAAACAUGGUAAGGAAAUUAAGAUUGUGCUACACACUGCCUCCCCAUUCCAUUUUGAAACUACCAAUUUUGAAAAGGAUUUACUAACCCCUGCAGUGAACGGUACAAAAUCUAUCUUGGAAGCGAUUAAAAAAUAUGCUGCAGACACUGUUGAAAAAGUUAUUGUUACUUCGUCUACUGCUGCUCUGGUGACACCUACAGACAUGAACAAAGGAGAUUUGGUGAUCACGGAGGAGAGUUGGAAUAAGGAUACAUGGGACAGUUGUCAAGCCAACGCCGUUGCCGCAUAUUGUGGCUCGAAAAAGUUUGCUGAAAAAACUGCUUGGGAAUUUCUUAAAGAAAACAAGUCUAGUGUCAAAUUCACACUAUCCACUAUCAAUCCGGGAUUCGUUUUUGGUCCUCAAAUGUUUGCAGAUUCGCUAAAACAUGGCAUAAAUACCUCCUCAGGGAUCGUAUCUGAGUUAAUUCAUUCCAAGGUAGGUGGAGAAUUUUAUAAUUACUGUGGCCCAUUUAUUGACGUGCGUGACGUUUCUAAAGCCCACCUAGUUGCAAUUGAAAAACCAGAAUGUACCGGCCAAAGAUUAGUAUUGAGUGAAGGUUUAUUCUGCUGUCAAGAAAUCGUUGACAUCUUGAACGAGGAAUUCCCUCAAUUAAAGGGCAAGAUAGCUACAGGUGAACCUGCGACCGGUCCAAGCUUUUUAGAAAAAAACUCUUGCAAGUUUGACAAUUCUAAGACAAAAAAACUACUGGGAUUCCAGUUUUACAAUUUAAAGGAUUGCAUAGUUGACACCGCGGCGCAAAUGUUAGAAGUUCAAAAUGAAGCCUAA